AAAAAUCAGAACUGAUAGAACAUUAAAUUGAAUAGACAUAAAUUAAUUAAAAAUGAUGGAAAAAGCAAGUUUUGACUGCUGUAUAUUGUGUAAAACUAAAACGCUAGAUGAACUUAACUAUGGUGAAUUGUAUUCUGAUGAGAAUAUUGCUGCUCAUUUGUUUUGUAUGUUAUUUGGACCUGGAUUAUUGCAAAAUGGAUCAGAUAAUGAAGGCUUUGAAGGAUUUCUGCAAGAGGACAUAAGAACUGAAGCCCGAAGAGUUCAACCACUUAAAUGCAGAUUCUGUAAACAACGAGGAGCUAAUUUAGGAUGUACUAUUCAGACCUGUCGAGCUGCAUAUCACACUAAAUGUGCUAUAGAAAACAACAUAGUGUUCGAGUUCACAUCCAAAUAUCGAACUUACUGCAAUAAGCACAAGAAGAUCAAGCAAAUUGAUAAUAAGAAACUCGAUUCAGAAUGUGGAAUGUGCUAUGAUUCACUUAUUAAAAAGUUUCCAGAUGCUGUACUUUCACCUUGCUGUAGAAAUUCUUGGUUCCACAAAAAAUGUAUGCAAAAGUAUGCUCUAUCUUCAGCAUUAUUGUUUAAGUGUCCUCUUUGUGGAAGUAAAAAGACAGAGGAAUGGAUGAAACUAGGUAUAUUCUUUCCAAUAAGAGAUGCUGCAUGGGAAUUGGAAGAGAAUGCAUAUCAAGAAUUUUAUGAGCCAAUAAAAUUGUCAUGUGAGGACAUGAAAUGUAAGAAUAAGUGUUUGCAUGCUGGCGAAAUGCAUAUGUGGAGAUUGUGUCAGUUUUGUGGAGCUGCAGGAAUUCACGAGCAAUGCUUUCAAGGAUCACCAAAUGACAAAUAUACAUGCAAAGGGUGUGAAGAUGUUUUCAAUCGACCAAAGAGUGAUACAGCCAGCGAAUCUGAAGGUGUUGAGGAUACAGAAUCAAAUAAAAGCAUAGAAACUGAUCAAGUACAACAAGACAAAUUAGACAAUAACGAUGAUAAUGAAAAGCCAAAGUCAUAUGCAGCAACAAUAUUUGGAGAAUCAGACGUAAGCAGUGAUGAUGAAGUCUGGAAACAAUGUCCUCAAAAAAUCAAUAAUAUGAAGCAUAUAAAAUCAAAAAAGAAGCGGCAUAAAGUAAUGUAUAGUGAUUCUGAUUUAUCCGACGAAGAAAAUCAGCCUCCAUCUAAGAAAGUUAAGUCCAAAUAUAAAAAGAAGGAACAGCUAAAACAACAAUCAAUCGCUAAUAUUUUAUUAGGUGAAUCUGAUGCAUCCGACGACAGUGAUUUUGAUUGUACAUUAAUUAUUUUAUAAGGAAAGACUGCCUCCUGAAAGUUUAUUAUAAAACAUGCUGUGAAUAUUUGAGUAAUUAUUAUUUGAUAACAACUUCAAUAAACGUG